AAGUUUCCUAUAAUCCCCGUGGCCAGGUCAUCACGUCAACGUCAUGAUUCUGUACCACAGAGAGAAUCCCUUUUUUUCUACUUUACCUUGUUUCGAACCUGAACCAUACACGAUCAAGAUCAUCUCAAAACUCUACAACCACCAGUCGUUCGCAAAUCUUGUUGCGGCUGGCUUGUUUUUCAAGCGCGUUUGCUUUUGCGUUUGUUACUUCAAAGUUUUUCUAACCGUAC